GGUUGAAUUUAAAAAGAUCUGCUGAGAGGAGUCUAAACCAGUAGGACUGAUGGUAAUGAGAGAUGUGUCCAUUGCGAAAUCAGAAUAUAGUCCAAGUGAGAAAAUAAUCUUGAAGAUCCAAGAUUUUCAGGAAGAUAAGGAGCUCUUUAGAUUCUGCACUCUCCCAGAGAGUCUGAAGUAUGUGGAGUGCUUCACUGGACCCAAUAUUAUGGCCAUGCACACAAUGCUGAUAAACAAACCUCCAGAUACUGGGUGGAGUUAACCCCAUGUCCCAUGGGAUCCAGGACUAUGACCAAGACCAUGCCUGAGUGCACCUUGUGAUGGAGAAGGGAGAUGCUGUUUUCUUUCACCCAUUGCUCAUCCAUGGAUCUGAUUGGAACCAAACUCAAGGAUUCCAGAAAGUAUGCAUCCACGUUGUUCCAGUUUUGAAAGAUGAAUGGGUUCGAAAGAGAAAAUCAUAGGUACAUGUAAAAGCACGAUCGAUUUUUAGGGAUAAACCUUUGGAUUUUAGCAGUGGAGAGAAGAGUUGCGAGGAUGGUUGGUUGGUGAUGGACUGAAGCUAUGAAGUUAAGAGCCUUGCUCUGGUCCGCCAGCGAGGGUCCUGUGGAUUAGAAACAGCGCGCAGGAGAAGAAGGAGCCCAGGUGCCAGGAACUUGCAAUCCUGGCAAUCCCAGCUGACCCGGGGGCCCUGGGAGUCUCUCCCCCGGGCCCGGGAGGCGGAGCCCCGGGAGUCGCGUGGGACCGCUGCGCCUUCCCUCUCUCGCCAGGAGGCGGGCGGCCCGGAAAUGAAGUGGAGCCCGACCCUGUGGUGAGUGUCCUUGCAGCAGCCAUGGAGCAGCAGCGCGCCUCAGCUCGCCUGCGGAUUGUUCUGGGGCACCUCGGCCGUCCAUCGGCCGUGGCCGUGGUAUCCUUUGGGCUGGACUGGGCUCCCUCCAGGUAUACUUUGGAUAAUAAUGUGCUAAGCCUGGAACAGAGAAAAUUUUAUGAAGAAAAUGGAUUUCUUGUUAUUAAAAAUCUAGUAUCUGAUGCUGAUAUUCAACGCUUUAGGGUUGAAUUUGAAAAGAUCUGCAGACAGGAGUCGAAACCAGUAGGACUGAUGAUAAUGAGAGAUGUGUCCAUUGCGAAAUCAGAAUAUAGUCCAAGUGAGAAAAUAAUCUCGAAGAUCCAAGAUUUUCAGGAAGAUAAGGAGCUCUUUAGAUUCUGCACUCUCCCAGAGAUUCUGAAGUAUGUGGAGUGCUUCACUGGACCCAAUAUCAUGGCGAUGCAUACAAUGCUGAUAAACAAACCUCCAGAUACUGGCAAGAAGACUUCCCGGCACCCUUUGCACCAGGAUCUGCACUAUUUCCCCUUCAGGCCCAGCAAUCGCAUUGUGUGUGCUUGGACCGCCAUGGAGCACAUUGACCAGAACAACGGCUGUCUGGCUGUCCUCCCAGGCACCCACAAACUUCCCCUGAUGCCGCAUGACUACCCCCAGUGGGAGGGUGGAGUUAACAGCAUGUACCAUGGGAUCCAGGACUAUGACAAAGACCAUGCCCGAGUGCACCUUGUGAUGGAGAAGGGAGACACCGUUUUCUUUCACCCUUUGCUCAUCCAUGGAUCUGGUCGGAACCAAACUCAAGGAUUCCGGAAAGCAAUUUCCUGCCAUUUCGCCAGCGCUGAUUGCCACUACAUUGACGUGAAGGGCACCGUUCAAGAAAAUAUCGAGAAAGAAGUUUUGGGAAUAGCAGACAGAUUGUAUGGAACUGAAAGUGGCUUAAACUUUAAGGAUAUUUGGAUGUUUCGAGGCCGACUUGUGAAAGGAGAAAGAAUCACCCUUUGAAACAGUCCUUGAUUAUAACUCUUUCAAAAGGAGAUCAAAGAAACAAGGAGUCUAAGGAAUAUGUUUUCAUAUGGGAUGAUGUAAUGUUUUCUAUCACUUGGUAUCAAAAUCAAGACACAUGCAUUGGGAACUUCAUUUUGCAGAGUUAAUUUUGCAGUGCAGUGAUGUUACUUUAGUGGAAGUAAGAACAGUAAAAUGAAAUAUAACUGUUUUCAGAAAGACUGGUUUGGGGUUACAAUCAAUAAAUGUGGCAUAUGAUUUACGUAUGUUCAA